CACUAUAUCUAUAGGUUGUUGCUGCAGUCGAAGCUUCACGAAUGCGUGACGUUUGUGGCCUUGAUGCUGUUGCAUCGCGCGCAUCUCACUGGCAAGCUUAAACGCCCUGAUGACCCGAGGCCACCGCCCGCGGUUGGACACAAGAUAUUCCUCGCUGCAUUCAUCGUUGCAUCCAAGAUUAUCUGCGAGAGGAGCUACAAGAACAGCGUCUUCGUCAAGUGGAUGACGUCGGAACGGUUAUCCAAGGCGCUGUGGAUUACGGAGACGGAUUUGUUGCAGCUCGAGCGAGUGUUUUGUGCAGCGCUCGGUUGGUCUCUACACGUCGACAACAAGAUCCUGGCGACCUUUACACGCAACGUCAAAAGCCACUAUGCUGGCGAAGGACCCUACCCAGUCUACGCCGCCGGGAUCUCUAGCAGCAAGAUGCCUGCCCCGGUGUCAUCUAGCCCAUCUGACGAAGAGGUAGCAGAUUAA